UGUGCUCAUCCCGGCGGCCAAGCGCUCCAGUGUUCGCCGGGCUUCGCAGAUGGCUAGCCCCGCUCUCGGUCUGGAAGCUCUUCAGCCCCUGCAGCCGGAACCACCUCCGGAGCCUGCCUUCACCGAGGCACAAAAGUGGAUCGAGCAAGUCACUGGCCGAAGUUUUGGUGAUAAAGACUUCCGGACAGGGCUAGAAAAUGGGAUCCUUCUUUGCGAGUUGCUGAAUGCUAUAAAGCCAGGACUUGUUAAAAAGAUCAAUAGAUUGCCUACCCCCAUUGCAGGAUUGGACAAUACCAUCUUAUUCUUAAGAGGCUGCAAAGAGCUCGGCCUUAAAGAAUCUCAACUCUUUGACCCAAGUGACCUCCAGGAUACGUCCAACAGGGCCACUGUCAAGAACCUUGAUUAUAGCCGGAAGCUGAAAAACGUGUUAGUGACCAUUUAUUGGCUGGGGAAAGCUGCAAACAGCUGUGCGUCCUUCAGCGGAACCACACUGAACCUGAAGGAGUUCGAAGGACUGUUGGCUCAGAUGCGAAAGGAGACCGAUGACAUUGAGAGCCCUAAACGCAGCAUCCGAGACAGCGGCUACAUCGACUGCUGGGACUCUGAACGCAGCGACUCCCUCUCUCCUCCUCGCCACGGCCGAGAUGACUCCUUCGAUAGCCUGGAUUCUUUCGGCUCCCGCUCCCGGCAGACACCUUCACCAGAUGUAGUUCUCAGGGGAAGCAGUGAUGGAAGAGGAAGCGACUCUGAAUCUGACUUGCCACACCGGAAGUUGCCGGAUGUGAAGAAAGAUGAUAUGUCUGCACGACGGACUUCCCAUGGCGAGCCGAAGUCUGCAGUACCGUUUAACCAGUACCUCCCAAACAAAAGCAACCAGACGGCCUAUGUCCCAGCGCCUCUGAGAAAGAAGAAGGCCGAGCGGGAGGAAUAUAGGAAGAGCUGGAGCACGGCCACCUCCCCCCUGGGCGGGGAAAGGCCCUUCAGAUACGGUCCGAGAACUCCUGUGUCGGAUGACGCAGAGAGCACGAGUAUGUUUGACAUGCGGUGUGAGGAGGAGGCAGCGGUGCUGCCGCACAGCAGGGCCCGUCAGGAGCAGCUGCAGCUGAUAAAUAACCAGCUGAGGGAAGAGGACGACAAAUGGCAAGAUGACCUGGCUCGCUGGAAGAGCCGUAGAAGAAGUGCUUCUCAGGACUUAAUCAAGAAAGAGGAAGAAAGGAAAAAAAUGGAGAAGUUGAUGUCUGGAGAAGACGGGACAAGUGAACGAAGGAAAAGCAUCAAGACUUACAGAGAGAUUGUGCAAGAGAAAGAGCGGAGAGAGAGGGAGCUGCACGAAGCCUAUAAGAACGCACGGUCCCAGGAGGAGGCCGAAGGGAUCCUCCAGCAGUACAUCGAGAGGUUCACCAUCAGCGAGGCUGUGCUCGAACGCUUGGAGAUGCCAAAGAUCCUGGAAAGAAGCCAUUCAACAGAGCCAAACCCAUCCUCCUUCCCGAAUGACCCCAACCCCAUGAAAUACUUGCGGCAGCAGUCACUGCCUCCCCCCAAGUUCACUGCCACAGUUGAAGCCACCAUCGCUCGCCCCGGUGUCCCAGAGACCAGCCCAGCAGGCGGCUGUGGGUCUCCAAGCAAAUCCAUCACUCCCAGUGCAGUGCCUAUGCUGACACCCAAGCCUUACACCCAGCCCAAAGCCUCUCAAGAGGUUCUGAAGACUUUUAAGGUAGAUGGGAAAAUCAGCAUGAAUGGAGAAAUGGCGCAUGGAGACGAGGAAGAAAAGGAAAAGGAAGAGCCCACGCUGGAACCUGGCCCUUCCUUAACCAAGUCCCAGAUGUUUGAAGGCAUGGCCACAGUGCAUGGUUCUCCCGUGCAAGUAAAGCAAGGCAGCAACAGCAUUGAGAUCAACAUCAAGAAACCAAACUCUGCCUCCCAGGAACUGACAGCAGCCUCUGAUGAAGCUGAGUCGAAUGGCCGAGAGAAUGAGAAGGCUGAUGGGAAGUCGGGGGCACAGGACGCGGAGCCGACCUCAGCAGAGCCGCAGCAUUUUACAGCAACGGUGACGCGCUGCAGCCCCACCGUGGCCUUUGUGGAUUUCUCCCCCGGCGCGCAGCUGAAGAACGAGGUGCCAGAAGAACGAGACCAGAAGAAGCCAGAAAAUGAGAUGAGUGGGAAGGUAGAGUUAGUGCUGUCACAGAAGGUAGCAAAGCCAAAAUCCCCAGAGCCAGAAGCAACCUUGACGUUUCCUUUUCUCAACAAAAUGCCUGAAACCAACCAACUGCAUUUGCCAAAUCUUGAUUCUCAAGCGGAUUCUCCAAGCAGUGAGAAGUCCCCUGUAACCACACCCUUUAAGUUCUGGGCAUGGGACCCAGAAGAGGAACGUAGGCGACAGGAGAAAUGGCAGCAGGAACAAGAGCGUCUGCUCCAGGAGAGGUACCAGAAGGAACAAGAUAAGUUGAAGGAAGAGUGGGAAAAGGCCCAAAAGGAGGUGGAAGAAGAAGAACGCAGGUACUACGAGGAGGAGCGUAAGAUAAUUGAAGACACAGUGGUCCCGUUCACUCUUUCCUCGAGUUCUGCAGACCAGCUGUCUACUUCGUUGUCUGUCACCGACGGCAGCGGGACUACGAAUAAAGUGGACUUGGAAAACUCUCAAGACAAAGAAAAAGAGAGAAGACAGAAGAUACCUUUCCAGGAGAGUGACAGUGACCAGUUGCUCAAGGCUGGGGAAAGUGGUCCACCCAAGGAGGACAGCAUUAGCAGCCUAAUUCAAGGACCCUCGGCUCACUCUGAAGACUCCAUGUCAAAAGGAAUCCAUCUGGACCAGCCGCCGGAGGCAGAGGCUGGGACCCCACACUGUGGUACAAACCCACAGCUAGCUCAGGAGCCACCUCAGAAUCAACAGGUACCAAACCCAUCAGCAUGUAUGUCAGAAGAUGUGAAGCCCAAAACCCUGCCCCUGGAUAAAAACCUUAAUCAUCAGCUCGAGUCUCCGGGUGAAAGGCGGAAGUCUAUUAGCGGGAAGAAGCUCUGCUCCUCCUGCGGGCUCGCUCUGGGUAAAGGAGCCGCGAUGAUCAUCGAGACCCUGAAUCUCUACUUUCACAUCCAGUGUUUCAGAUGUGGCAUUUGUAAAGGACAGCUCGGAGACACAGUGAGUGGGACGGAUGUGAGGAUUCGCAAUGGUCUCCUAAACUGUACUGACUGCUACAUGCGAUCCAGAAGUGCCGGUCAACCUACAACACUGUGACAGGGUUGGGCGCUUCUGGAUCACCGAGCAUUUCUUUAUUAAGGGUGUCCCUUGGCAACUGCUUAAUUAAACCCCAAGUUCAGGGGCUUCUCAGCAUUCAUCUAAUUUCUGGAAGACUCUUCUACAAGGCGGUAGCUGCUCUUUUGUAUGGUAGCACAGUGUGCUUUUUCUGGUUGGGGGCUGAUUUUUUUUGCAUUUGCACAGUAUAUACAAAAGAAUAUUGCAUCAUGAUGAUUCUGAAGUUCACGGGGGAAAAAGACAAAUGGUUUCAGCACGAGCAGAAAGGCUUAUGGUUGAGAAGGUGUUAUUCUCUUCUUUGGGGAAAUAGCAAAAGGGUGCAAUAAACCUGUUGUGUUUUAGUAUUUCUAGAAAUCAAACACGUUAUGUUUACAGAAUUGAGCUGCAGGAAGUGCAAGACAUGCCAACUUAAGACAGGAGCAUAAACUGAAUGCAUUUCAGAAAAUCUAGACACCCCAGAAAGCUCUGACUCGGAACUACAACUUGUUUUUUUAAUGCAAAAAUACUAGUCUGAUAAUAUAUACUGUACUCCUGAAAACAUUUGUGUUACUUACCUUUGCGGGGGGAGAGGGGGAGGCAGAAGUCCUACCAAUAAAUUAUCACGCUGUUAGUAUUAGAUUUUGUGUACUCCGGACGUCAUGUCAUUAAUAUAUUAAUUAAUAUAUUAAUAUUAAUAUAGGCUGAUCCCCCAAUUGAAGAGAGCCUUUGCAAUCUCACUAGGCUUCCACUCUGUGACGUUGUGCAAGGGUAGGGAGGAAACUGGCCAGCCCUUAUCUUCAGACCUACUAUCCAAUCCAUGAGGAAGUGUCAUCUGUCUGGAGGGCGUGUCAGCGGUAGCCUUGAGGCUUGGGCCACCUGCUUUCUCCAAGCACUGGGUAAGGGGUUAUUGAGCGGCUCGAUGUGAGGAUGUGGGUGUUAGGCGCCAAGGGCAGUCUGUCUUUAGGGGUGAGUACAUCUCACCUUUUGCCUACAAGUUUCCCUUGGGGAUGGAAGCCCAGGUACCCAGAGAGAAGCAUUAAGUCCAUCCUCACAGACCCCGGAUGGUAUGAUGAGACAAGCCCACAUCUGGUCUGUACGGGGCAGCCCUGUGUGCACCUUCCUUCCCCCACACGGCCUUCUUGACUCUCAAGAAUUCUGCACCUGACCCAUAGAGUUUUGAAAGCAACGCCUGCGGAGAUCUGGUUUGUUCUCUGCCCCCUGUGAGGAGUUCCAGCUGGACGCAGCAGGAAUGAAGCGGCUGAACCAGCACGACUUGGCUCUCCAGGCUAAGGACUAGGCAAUGGGGAACUAUUUAUUCUGCCUUAAAAGGAUGGCAACUGAGUAAAGACAAUGACGUUAGGGGAAUGUAGACCAUGGAUACACUCCUAGACGAUGUUAGGCGAAUGUGGACCGUGGAUACACUCCUAGUAGGCUAAUGUAGCAUAGCGAGAGCGCAAGUAGAUGUUUUUCUGUUAUGUAAGCAAUAAUUUUUUUCCUGUGUCUUAUGGAGUAUGGCUAGCAAUUAUUUAUUUCUGUGCUAGACGGUUCUUUGCAUGUGGGUUCCCUAUAGGUGCAGGCAUCUCCUGGCCACUGGAGGCAUAUUGACCACUUUGCCAUUUGGACGAGUUGUUAUUGGACUGAAAUUCACACAUCAUUUCAUUAAAAAUUGUGCCUUAGAAAAUGCAAAGCUGUUGCACAUAGUGGUGAGUGGCAGAUUCGGAACACCGGAGGGAAAUGACGUCACUUCCCAGGUCUCACGACUUCUCUCAGAGGUGUUCGCUGCUUUACAAGAAGAAAAUAAUAAAUAAAUAAAUGAAAGAUUUUAAAAGACAAAUAAAAAAGGAAAAAAAUUAAAAAGAAAAAGAAAAGUUUUGAAAAUGUACAGAUCAAGUCCAAUAUUUUGAUGAAGCACCUGCAUGUUUUAUUAACUAUUUUAAUAAUGUGGAUGUUUACACUUUGCAUGAUAUUAACAGAGUACUUUACGAGAAACGAUGCACAAAACAUGUACAGUAUGGUCAUUCAUAAGCGACUUUUAUAGAAUACUUUUUACAUGUGCGAGGCCAUCCAUUAUGUCAGGAGCACAUGAGUAUUGCACAUUCUUCUGGUUUCACAAAGCCAUUUAUACAUAGUUCUUAGCGGGAUGCGUUGUACGUGCAUUGCAGCUCGACUGGAGUCAAGAGGAAUAAAGCCCCAUCCCAAGCGUGGCACGUGCUUUGCCAUAAUGAACACUAGUCACCAGCCUGGAAUAAUCUCCAACAUUUCCUAAAUUCUAAUUGCCAACUGUUUCUAUUUCUAUUUGAUUUCUAUUUCAUUUAGUGCCAGUCACACGGCAGCUUCGACAGACUAGAUCUCGCUGUUUUCCAAUGCAGCAUAAAAGACUAUGAUCUAUUCCUCUUCAAAUAAUCUUUGAGAUCCCAGGGGAAAAUAUGUGCUCUGUUGUGUGGAGCUAUGAUGUCAAUGUGUUCGUUUAAAAACCAGGCAAGGCAAGUGAGUGAUUUAUUGUUCCUGGAGGACUGUGGCUGUUCUUCCCCCUCAGACUCCACAUGCUUCCCUCCCAAGGACAAAAAUGGUGACUCUGUUUCUCACUAGCAAACUCUCAUGACCUUUGUCCUUCUUUCUGUGUAGUGUCAUUAACGUGAUACAGAUUCUAGUUACCUGUAGGCGGCGUAAGAUUCAACGAGCUGAAACGGUCCACCUUUGAUGUGAGUCCAUCCAAAAUAUGUUCCUUUCUGGGUGGGCGACGUCCUAUAUCAAUUACACUAACUUUCAUUUACAAUAUUUAUUCUAAAAUGCCUCUGAGAAAUAGUUUAAAAAAUUGAAAAUGAAAAGUUGUCUAAAAUGCAACAGCUUUUAUAGUGAAUGUACAUUUAUAAAUAAAAUACUCAAAUCCA